AUGUACAACCAACGCUAUUGGUAUAACCAGAUCAAUCAUGUCAGAUGGGGGGACAGUAUUUCGGAGGGGUACAGGUUGGAGUGUGGCGUGAGACAAGGGGGGCUGAGCUCGCCCACACUCUUCAACCUGUACGUUAACGAUCUGAUUGAGGUGCUCAGCAGCCGCCAUGUCGGUUGUCACAUUGACGGGGUAUGCUUCAACAAUAUUAGCUACGCAGACGACAUGGCGUUGCUGAGUGCAUCUGUUGGAGGUCUCCGCGAACUCAUUAGUCUCUGCGAGCAGUUUGCCAGUAGUCACGGCCUUAAAUAUAACGCUAAGAAGAGCGAGCUAAUGAUUUUCAGAGCGGGGACUAAAUGUCCGUCCGAGGUACCUCCUGUACGUCUCAGCGGGGUCCCCUUGAAGCGUGUUCACCGGUUCAAAUAUCUAGGCCAUGUGUUAACGGACGACCUUAAGGAUGACGAAGAUAUUGAACGGGAGCGGAGAGCGUUGUCAGUCCGAGCCAAUAUGAUAGCCCGCAGGUUUGCUCGUUGUUCUUUUAACGUCAAAACUACACUGUUUCGUGCAUACUGUACCACUUUUUACACGAGCAGCCUGUGGGUUAAAUACACACAGAAGGCAUACAACGCUCUCCGUGUUCAAUAUAAUAACGCGUUAAGGGCGCUGCUGCAUUUACCGAGGUUUUGCAGUGCCUCGGGAAUGUUCGCGGAGGCGCGUGUGGAUUGCUUUUACGCCACCAUGCGCAAGAGAGCAACCUCAGCAGCGCGGCGUGUGCGCGCCAGCGGCAGCGCCCUGCUGGCAGUCGUCGCCGACAGGCUUGACGGACCAUUUAUGGGACACUGGUUGUCAUUGCAUGCACCAGUGUCCCAUAACUGGACCAAAUGA